AUGGGUCUAUGCGAACCGCUACCGGAAACGACAACCGCAGCGACAACAACCGCAGCUACUACUACCGGAGUUACUACUACGGCUUCCUGUCCUGGCGAGCUGCCCACAGGUACUUAUUUGCAGAUUACGAAUUUAUUCGAAGGAUUAGGUAUUUGGCAAAACCGAGAAAAUAUAUGUCCUGAAAGGCUCAACCUAUUACGAUCCUCUGAAUAAUU